GGAGAUCCAGGCGUCCCAGGAGUUUUGGGCAGCAAAGGAGAAAAAGGAUCCCAAGGUCAUCCAGGACAUAAAGGAGUACCAGGACCACAUGGGAUCAGAGGGGCAACUGGAGGUGCAGGAAUCCCAGGGAAGCUUGGACCUCCUGGAGAUACUGGUCUUAAAGGACGGCAGGGCCGCCCAGGACAACAGGGUGUUACAGGCCCUCCUGGUGCUGUUGGAGACCCUGGAAAAAAUGGACUUGUUGGUGAAAGAGGUAAUCAAGGUCAGGAUGGUAUGCCUGGUCCCCCAGGAGUAAAGGGAGAACCAGGAGCACCAGGGAGAGGAAUCCCUGGCCUUCGAGGUAUUCCUGGUCAUAGAGGAAUCAAAGGGGAUAUGGGACUGCCUGGUUUUCCUGGGGCACCAGGUAUGAAAGGUCAUCAGGGUGAUCAAGGACCCAUUGGACCUCCUGGCUUAGUGGGGUUACCUGGAUUUCAAGGCGCAACAGGCAUGGCAAUUACUGGCCAAAAAGGGAAUAGAGGUAUUGCUGGUGCAGAUGGAAGACCAGGUGCUCCUGGUUUUCCAGGGCCUCCUGGUCUUCCCACUCCCAGCAUGAAAGGAAGCAAAGGUGUUAGAGGGGCAGAUGGCAUACCAGGGCCAACAGGCCCAGCCGGCAACAUUGGUCCUCCUGGUCCAAAAGGAAUAGAAGGUCGAUCAGGUUAUCCUGGUGCUAGAGGGGACCCUGGAUUUCUUGGAUUCCCAGGUGUAAAAGGAGAAAAGGGUAAUCAAGGACCCCCUGGACCACAAGGUGCAGAAGGGCCAAGGGGACCAAAGGGCCAGCAUGGUCCACCUGGAGUCUCUGGGAGAAUAUUCUCUGUCCCAGGAAGCAAGGGUCCUCCUGGACUGCCGGGAAUCCCAGGAACACCAGGUGAUCAAGGAAUUCAAGGGAUUCCUGGACUACAAGGACCUAAAGGAAUAAAAGGUCUACCAGGAAGUUUUGGUCAUCCAGGUCAACCAGGACUGCCUGGUCCGAAAGGAGACAGGGGAUUUCCAGGACAAAGAGGACAACCUGGACUGAUUGGCUUUCCAGGUCUACAAGGGUUACCUGGAUCACCAGGUACUAUCAUUACUGGUCCAACAAGAAGAGGUUUUAUCUUUACACGGCAUAGUCAAUCAACAAAGAUUCCUUCAUGCCCACAUGGGACAUCACAGAUCUAUGUUGGCUAUUCGCUGCUUUUUGUACAAGGAAAUGAACGAGCACAUGGACAAGACCUUGGAACAGCUGGUAGCUGCUUGCAGAGAUUUACCACCAUGCCAUUCUUAUUCUGUAGCACCAAUGAUGUUUGUAGUUUUGCUUCUCGCAAUGACUAUUCAUACUGGCUGUCAACUGCAGCAGUAAUGCCAGUAGACAUGGCACCGAUUUCUGGCAGGGCACUAGAGCCCCAUAUAAGCAGAUGUGCUGUCUGUGAAGGAGCUGCAAUGGUAAUAGCAGUUCACAGCCAAACAACGGUAGUUCCUGCAUGUCCAGAAGGCUGGAUAUCUCUCUGGAAGGGUUUUUCUUUUGUUAUGUAUACAAGUGCCGGCUCAGAAGCUUCUGGCCAAGCAUUGGCAUCUCCUGGAUCUUGUUUGGAAGAAUUUCGAGCCAUUCCAUUCAUAGAGUGCCAUGGCAGGGGGACAUGCAACUACUACACAAAUUCCUACAGCUUCUGGUUGGCAUCGUUAAAUCCAAGAAGAAUGUUCAGAAAACCUCUGCCACAGACUUUGAAAGCAGGAGAACUGGAAAAUAUCAUCAGCCGUUGUCAGGUCUGCAUGAAAAGACCAGUCUAA